UUUGAGAAUGUCUCGUGGUGGAUCCAGCGCUGGUUUUGAUCGGAGUAUCACCAUCUUUUCUCCUGAAGGGAGAUUAUAUCAAGUCGAGUAUGCAUUUAAAGCGAUCAAUCAGAGUGGAUUGACAUCUAUUGGGGUAAGGGGUAAGGACAGUGCAUGUGUUAUCACCCAACGAAAGAUCCCAGACAAGCUGGUUGAUGAGGAGACAGUCUCACAUAUCUACAGAGUUACUAAACAUUCCGGUUGUGUUAUGACUGGCAUGAUUGCUGAUAGUGACAUGCAGGUAUCUAGAGCUAGAUACGAGGCGGCUGACUACAAGUACCACUACGGAUACGAGAUGCCUCCUGACAUGAUCUCCAAGCGUCUCGCUGACAUCGGGCAAUCCUACACACAGAUUGCUCACAUGCGCCCUCUCGGUUGCUGCCUGAUAAUGAUUGGGUGGGACGAGGAAAAGGGAGCCCAGCUCUACAGGGUAGAUCCUGCUGGCUUCUUCUGUGGUUUCAGAGCCUGCAGUGCUGGAACUAAGCAGACUGAGAGCAACAACUAUUUGGAGAAGAAAAUCAAGAAAAACAGCAUGAUGAAUGAGACAGAAGUGAUACAAACUGCAAUAGCAGCACUGAGCAGUGUCCUAGCAGCCGACUUCAAACCAUCAGAGAUCGAGAUCGCUGUUGUCAGUGACCGUAACCCCGUGUUCAGGAAACUAACAGAAGCUGAAACUGAUGAGCAGCUCAACAUUCUCGCUGAGAGAGAUUAAAUCCCUGGUGCAGUUACAUAUUCCUUUUAGAGACGGCAAAAUGUAACGAUUCUUUUGGCGAAGCUACUAUUGUCAAAUGGGGGUAGCUUAUUUGAACAAGAUGUGAAGAAACCACAAUAUUACCUAUGUUUCAAGUUCCAGGACACGAAAUGUAGUUGAAUUCAGACGGCCGGAUUGCGGAUAAAUCUCCAUUGUGCAUUUUGUAGCUUACACGUUCGUUGUCUGACUGUGGGAACUAUUGAUUCUUGUAGCUUACCCGGCACUGUAUUAAUCGUUUUUCACCCCCGGUGUCCGCAAUUAUAUUAGAUCAUCAAGGCUUGUAACUGAGUAGCGAGCGGGAUAUAAUAUUCGGAGUAGGCAGCACCAGCGAUCUGCUCCUUAUUGGUCCCCGCUGGUCACGUGUGUGGGGGCAGGUCACGUGGUUUCUUGGUGCUUAGUGCCGAGUGCGCACGUCUGACAGUUUUUCUAUAAUUAAGGUCUUUGUAUAAUUCGAUAAUUGUUUCACUUUCUGCAUUGCCGCGUGGUUUCUUUACUCCUUCCAGUUUAAGUUGCAACUGUUCCACAAAGUCUGCUCCUUAUUGCAUGAGUCUCUGUUUCAUCAUGUGCUGGUCACAUGAUAGGACCAUACCCCUCGUGACUGCGCCUUACCUUAUGUCACGUGACUAGGACUGGGAUCUCACGUGACUGCGCUCACUCUUUCUCUGUCACGUGACAUGGGGCUGCCGCGUCAAGUUUUAGGAACGGUUUUUAUUAUCUUUAAUCUUUCGCACUUUGUCUCAGUUUCGGGUGUGAUAGUAGAUAAACUGUUAUUUUCUAACAUGUAAUUACAUUAAAAAGUUGCUAAGUUUUGCUGUCUCCAGAAAUUUUCUUCCCUGACUUUUUGAUCGUGUUUGUAAAUAAUACAUCAAUACAAUAAUAUAAAAUUAUUAUUGUUAAUUAUUAUUGUUAAUUCCAGUUACGUUAUUGAUAACUGAUAAAUAUAUUUGAUAGUGCAGUGUCUCGAAGAGGUCUCAUUUCGGAGACCAUUAUUCAACUUGAUUGUAUUGAUGGCGCUGGUUGUAUGUUUAAAAGUAUUUGUAUUUAUAUAGAUUUAUGUAAAAUUCCAAAAAUUCCACAAA